CGCUGCGGGGGCCACCAGCAUCUUCCUGCACUACUACUUCAUCAUCCCUGUGCAGCCGGCAAUGGAGGGGGUAGUAGGACACUGUGGCACAAAGUUCUGACUCUCGGGGAUCUGAGAAUCUACAAGUACUGCCAGGAGCCGGGAUCUCUCCUCCAGCUGGGUGCAAGUGAUCGGGCGGAUCUGCUCCCAGGACAGAUGUGAACAGUUUCUGUAUGCACCUCCCAUGGUCCGUCCGAGCCCCGGAGCCUCAUCUUCCAUGUGAUCUGCUUGCUGGGAGCAGCUAUGGGCACACUAGGAUGGCAUCAGUGGACCUUGAAGCAGAGCUUGGCCACAAUGGUCACCCUCACACUUGGGAUGCUGUUUUGCAGAGUGGCACAAUCUAGAGGGGCACAAGAAAACUUCCAAAGGUUUUCAGCACCAUCAACAUAUCUACCUGUAAAUUAUCAAAUUUCAUCUGCAGAAACUGCCUUUCUGUUAAAGGAGAACAACCAAGAUUUUAUGAGAAAUUCUAGCUUGCAGUCAAGAGUUGAAUCUUUCUUUGUUCACAAAUCUCGUAGAACUCCUAUCUUGAAUGCCAGUUAUGGACCUUUUUCAGUUGAGAGAGAAAUUCCAGAAGAUCUACUACUGUCACCUCCUUUCUUUGCAUCCAAUAAGUUUACUUUUAACUGGAAACUCAAAACAUAUGUAAUCAAUGAAAAGGUAUAUCCCAACAAGCCCAAAGUGCAAGUUUUAUUCUAUAUUACAGGUAGAGACUGGGAUGAUUACAGUGCCACAGAAAGACUUCCUUGCCUAAGACUGUUUGCUUUUCGGGAAACCAGAGAAGCAAAAGGAAGUUGCAGAUUACAAGGGAUAUUAGGGUUAUGUGUGGCGGAACUGGAAUUCCAACCCACUUGGUUCACUACACCUCCUGUAGUAACAGCUCGCAAGAGAAACCAAGAGCAGUCUGAGGGCAUUCCUGUGGAACUUUACUAUAGCAUCCACUCUGAGGAAGAAAAAAGUGAAUGCACAGCAGAGGAAGCCAGAAAGGGAAAUGCUAUCCGACCUGGAAGAGACCAAGGGGAAGACUCCAUUUCUCAGUUACAGAGGAUUGCAACUCUAACUUUAUUUCGUAAUCCAGAAAAUUCACAACUUACUGAACUCAGGUUGGACAGUAAUGUUGCUCUCUGGUUGCCAUCAAAGCCUGCCAGGCAAGGAGAAGUUUUAAAUGUUUAUGUCACAGUUGCAAAUAACUCAACACUGGAUCAGUUCACAUUGAGAGCCAAGGUAAAGAAAGGGGUCAACAUUCUAAAUGUGAAGAUCAGUGACCAAAGACAGUGGGAUGUUAAGCAAGAGCUGGGUAAUGGUGGCAAACAUUCUACCACAACAGUUACUUGUCAGAGAAUCGGACCAAAUCCCAGGAACAGGAGCAACAGUCUUUUUACUGAGGUCGUUCAAAUGAGCUUCGAGAUCACCAGUUUCAGCAGCCUGUCUGGUACCCAGCCCAUUUCAUGGCAGCUGGAGUAUCUUGGAAAAGUGGCAACUGACAUAGUCCUAUCUGAAGUCUAUAUUAGCCAAAAAGAUAUAUUGGGAAUUGUCCCCCUGUCUAUGGACACAGAGAUCUUGAACACUGCAAUCCUUACAGGAAAGACCGUAGCAGUGCCAGUGAAAGUUGUUUCAGUGGAAGAAAAUGGGUCUGUGAUGGAUAUUUCAGAACUAGUGGAAUGCAAGUCUUCAGACGAAGAUGUGGUUAAAGUUUCAGAGAGAUGUGACUAUGUUUUUGUCAACGGCAAGGAAAUGAAGGGCAAAGUUGAUGCCAUGGUGAACUUCACAUACCAGUAUCUGAGCGCACCUCUGCUGAUUACUGUCUGGGUUCCUCGACUGCCUCUCCAGAUAGAUAUCUCUGACACUGAACUCAGUCAAGUCAAAGGAUGGAGGGUACCCAUUAUUUCUAACAGGAGACCAACUAGAGACAGUGAUGAUGAUGAUGAAGAUGAACGCAGAGGACGAGGUUGCUCUCUUCAGUAUCAACAUGCAAUGGUUCGGGUUCUCACUCAGUUUGUAGCAGAAGACCUCACACCAUUUGGCCAGCUUGUUUCAUUGCUGGGCUCGGAUUGGCAGAUUGAUGUGACAGAUUUGGUUAAAGAUUUCAUGAAACUAGAAGAGCCUCAUAUAGCAAAACUCCAAGAUGGAAGACUUCUUAUUGGAAAGGAGGUUGGAAUGACCACAAUACAAGUGAUGUCCCCUCUCUCCGAUUCCAUUCUGGCAGAAAAGACAGUGACAGUGCUGGAUGAAAAAGUGACAAUAACAGACCUAGGCGUGCAACUUGUCUCUGGACUGUCAUUCUAUCUCCAUUCUAGCUCAGUAAAUAACAAAGCCAUUGUAGUCACCUCCAUGGCUCAGGAGCUACUGCAUACUCCAAAACAGGAAGCAGUAGUCAGUGUCUGGAUACAGUUCAGUGAUGGCUUAGUGACACCUCUUGAUAUCUAUGAUCCCAAAGAGUUUACAAUAUCUGCAACAUCAUUGGAUGAAUCUAUUAUCUCCACUCACCAAAGCAGUCCAGUUAAGUGGCCAAUUGUAAAAGCAGAAGGUGAAGGACAAGGUCCUUUAGUAAAAAUAGACUUUAUGAUCAGCGAGGCCUGUCAAAAAUCUAAGAGAAAAAGCAUUCUUGCUGUGGGAAAUGGUUAUAUAAAAGUAAAGUUUGGGCAAAAUGAUGCUAUUUCUCCAGGUGGGACUGAAUAUGAUGCAGCAGAAAUAGAAAACCACACAAGUGACCGUCGGCAGAAAGUAGCAGACCCUGAUCAGUAUGGUAAUGAUGGGAGAUAUGAUGGUUCUCUUCUGGAACGUGAUAAAAGUGCUAUAAGAAAAGGAAGCACCACUGCUAAAUCUGUGAUAAAUGGCAAGAUGGAUGGCAAUAAACUGUCUGAAGACAGUCCUCUGCAAAAUAUCCCAAUAGAUUUCACCAAUUUCCCAGGACAGGUGGAUUUACCAAAAAGUAAUGGGGAGAUGGAAGAUAAUGACCUCAUAAAUGCACCAAGAGGACUGAGUGAUCUUGAGAUAGGAAUGUAUGCUUUGCUUGGUGUUUUCUGUCUUGCCAUUUUAGUCUUCUUAAUCAACUGCGCAACAUUUGCCCUAAAAUACAGGCACAAACAGCUGCCAAUAGAAGGCCAAGCUAAUAUGGCUCACUCCCAUGACUGGGUAUGGCUUGGUAAUGAAACCGAGUUGUUAGAGAGCACACCAGAUAUAUCACCACAGCAAGAUGAGCAUACUACUAUAAUAGACAGAGGAAUUACCUUAGAAGAGAGUCAUCAUCUAUUUAAUGGUAACUCCCAGAAGAAUCUGCAGAGCCAAACUCAUCGGCUAACAGACGAAACAGAAAAAGCAACAAAAAACAAGAAAAAUGAUCCUUUACAUUCCCCGACUUCAAAAAGAAAGCGGGUAAAAUUCACUACAUUCACCACUAUCCCAGCUGAUGACAGUUGCCCAACAGUCAACUCAUUGUUGACAGCCAAUGAAGAUGAUAUUAAGUGGGUAUGUCAAGAUAUGGACUUAGGAGAAUCUAAGGACUUAAGAAACUAUAUGCAGAAGCUCAAAGAUAAAAUAUAACACGGGGAAUGGGAAAGAAAUACUACAUAUUUUGAUGCCUUUGGUUUUAUAUGUAAUAUUAUAAUGAGAAGAUUAUAGAAAAAAAAAACUUAGUAUUACAAAAUAGAAGCCAAAAUGAGUGUAGUUUUUUUUAAAAGAAACUCCACUAUAGGACUAGGUGUAUGGAUUUUAAGACCUGAACAAUUCUGCAAAUGAAUGUCAUAUGGACAGUAAGACUCUUGAGAGAAUAAAAUGAAAAUCACAAAGUGGACAUACCAAAAAUGGUUUAUAAAAAAAUUAAAACUUAGCAAAAAAAAAUUAUAUUUCUAAGAAAUUGUAACUACAGGAUGGCAAGUAAAAUGAUAUUUUCAGAAAUCCAGAAAAAAAUGUAUACUGCUUGUUCCAUUUUCUGUAGAUAUGUACAGUGUUUAGGGAAUGGGGAAAGACACAAUUUUGCAUUGACAAAAUUUUCAGAAAUGUACAUUGCAUAUUAAUUAUUAAUCAAUUCCACUGCACAUUUAGAUUUUCAUAAAGGUCUUCCCCAUAAACAUUAAGUUCACUCAAUAGACCAAUUUAUGGCUUCUAACUGGAGUGGAUUUAGCCCAUAUAUGAAGAUCUUGUCAUCCAUUUUACUUUGUUAAAUAUUACAUUGCGAAAUUCUGAUAAAAAUUUGUACAAAUUGUAAUGUUCAUGUGGCACGUUAAACAUCAACUCAAGGCUUAGUUCCUCUGAUGUGUUCUGUUAACAGAUUUGGUUUUAGAGAAAAAAAAUAUUCUAGAUUAUUUCCUCCUUCCGUAUAUUAUUGAGCUUGUGUGUGACAUUUGCCCCAAGGGAAACUUGUCUCAGACGCUGCUGGAAAUGUUUGCAUUAUUAUGUUCCUUUUGACCUUGACUCAUUUGAAAAUGGGCAUAGACACAACAACUUGCUUUUUCUGGAAAAUGUAUAUGAUUUUUAUCUUUGAUGGUUAAGAGCUCAUGCACAUGGCAAUUCAGUUUGAACAGACUCUUAGAAUCCUCUUUGCACUGCAGUAAGGAUGUGCACCACAUGGUUCCACAAUAUGGUCUUGUGCAUGAUGCCUUAGACCGUUCUAUAUCUGUAUGUUUCACUAGCUUAUGCAUUCAUAUCUACUGAGUCUAAUCUUAUUUUCAACAUUGACAGCAAUGACCAUAAGCCAGUAUUUUGAGAAUGUUAAUUUAGUAGAAAUACAAUUAUUUAAUAUCAGAGGACACUUGAGAUAUCUGUGAAAUGCAAUAUUUGUACUCCCAAACACAAAAUCUUGCACCAUGUCUACAACACAAUAGAAGCAGGUUAUACUCUUGAUAUACAAUGCAUUGGUCUAAUUUAGUAUACAUUUGCUUAUGUUUACGACAGAAAGGGUACUUGUCUCCCGGUGCUAAAAUAUAACUAUUAUCAGUUGUAGCACAUGAAUUGUCAAACAUCUUUAUAAUGAUCUUAAUAUCCAGUGGGAUGUAUCUGGUCUGUAUUGGUUACCAGAAUGUCAAUGUCAAACUAUACUACAGCACAAGCCAUGGGCUUUCUGAAAACAUUACACAGAAUGUCCACCAUUUUGAAAAAGAGAAGUCUUUAUUUGUCAUUUUCAAAUUCUGUAAUCUGGGCUUGGAGAACUUUAAGGUCUUGCAAAGUUACAAUCCCCAUUGUACUAGAGGAUAUCAAGGUAUACUGAGAGCCUGCAGUUGGACACCAGCAAGAGAGCCACCCCCUCCGGUUCACAGGAUUAACAUGUUAUUAUCUGAUACAAUUGGGGACACCCCAGAGUUAUAGAACGUACGAUGGAAAAGUAGAUAAGUAAUCAGAACCGAUGUCAGCUAACAUAGAUGGGAAUGAUAACAUGAAAUACAUAAAAUGUA